AUGAUGGUGCAAAAAGAAUCUCUUCCCAUUGAGGUUCCUCCCUUGUCUUUGGAUGAGGUGAAGGAAAAGACUCAAAAUUUUGGAUCAAACGCGCUAUUUGCUGAAGGAUCUUAUGGAAUAGUAUAUUAUACAACAUUAAAUGGUGGUGUCCCGGUUGCUCUGAAGAAACUUGAUGUCGUACUUGAAGCUGAAUCAGAUGCCGAGUUCUUGAGUCAGGUUUCCAUGGUUUCAAGGCUAAAGCAUGAGAAUCUCAUUCAAGUGCUUGGUUUUUGUGUUGAUGCAAACCUCUGCAUCAUGAUAAGAGACACACUAACAAUUUUAAAGGAGCCAUUACUUUAA